ACCGGAAGUUUGACUGUCGUUUUUGAAAGCACAGAAAGGAUGGCGCUAUGAAUUUAAACAAAGACUGAAUACUCACACUCGCCUCACAAAGACAACACUGCAUGGUGUGCAGUGUUGCUGAACACCCUGUGUGGAUGUGGCCAUGGUGCUGGAUACUGGGGAGCACUGUAUGGAGCAGGCAAAUGCAGAGGGUUUGGCGGGGAAUGGCACUGUAGAUACAGUAGUGCCAGAGCCCCAGCCGGACAAACGAAAACCUUUCAGUGCACGAGGCAGCACCACCAGUAUCAUCCAGAGAGACAGACUGUCUCACAAUGGGCCACAGGCUGAGUUUUGUUCCAGAGCUGCCAGCACACAGAUGGACCGCACAGUCCAUGGUGCUAAGAGGGGGGCCCAGGGAGGGUCAAGGAACUCAGAAGGAUUCGGUAGGAAGGGAGAGACCCGAAGACCCUCCAGCUUAGAAUUCAAACUUAGGGGGACUUUGGCAGAAAGCAGGGUUUUACAGCCACCAUGGCGUAGCGGUGUCCCUUCUCCACCCGUUCGAAGCCUGACGAGCCCUAGCCUUGGACCAGCAGGCUGGAUGCGUCGGAGCGAAAGCACUUGCACCGUGAAUUCAGCAGUAAUUCCUCGAGCCAGCCGGGGUCGGAUGCGUCCAGCGACAUCCUUGCCGCACAUCGCCCGAGGUUUAGGAACCACUUCACUUCCCUCGCCCAUCACUCCACGUGUACCCUGCCUGCUGGUAGCUCUGCGACCCAUUAACUUGGAGCAGGAGCGCCAAGCGUUUUUCCAAUCAGACUAUCAGUAUGAGCCCCAGUUCCAGUACGCCUCUCCUGAGCCCGUUUCAGUCUUGGAGAAGUACAGAGAGGGUUCCGACCUCUUUCUGUCGCAGGCAGUGGGAAUCAUGGAUUGUGUCCUGAGGAAGUUUGGCACCUAUGAGAACUUUGAAGAAGUCACAGGAGGCAGUUUAUUACCAAAGAGUCGUGUAUGGGCGGCAGUACGCAAGUACUUGCAGAAAGAGGGCUGUGUUGGAGAGGUGGUGGUUUGUCUUUCUGAGGAGUUGCUAUCCCAAGCAGUGAUGAUGGUAGAGAGCUGUCGUCCAACUUUAACCAUCAACGUUUCUGGAGCGCGGCAACAUUGGCUUGAGGGAAUGUUGAGACAUGAGAUUGGGACACACUACUUGCGAGGUGUAAAUAAUAAUCUGCAGCCAUGGGCGACUGCGGCGGGAAGGAAGCAGUAUGGAUUAAAACCUGCCAAUCCCACAGAGGAGGGACUGGCCAGCCUUCACAGUGUAUUACUACGGAAACAGCCCUACCUGUGGCGAGCUGCUCUGUUGUACUAUACUGUUUACCAUGCUGCCAACAUGAGUUUCAGCCAGCUGUUUAGCCAUAUAGCUCGGUUUGUACAAGACCCUGAUGUACGUUGGGAAUAUUGCCUUCGUGCCAAACGAGGCCAGACGGACACCUCCAAGCCAGGCUGCUUCAGUAAAGAUCAGGUAUAUCUUGACGGAAUCCUUAGGAUUUUGCGCCAUCGGAGAACCAUUGACUUCAAGAUGCUAACUUCUUUGGGCAAGGUGUCUUAUGAAGAUGUGGAGAGACUGCGACAUCUGGCAAUACUCCAGAGGACCAGAAUUCCUCACUUCAUGCAGGAUCAAGAUCGCUACCUCCAGCAUCUUGACCACAUUGUCUCAGUGAAUGAAUUAGAUGACACGCAGCUACAAGAACUCAUUCCAGCAGUCCUGCAAUGA